AUGCUCAGAGCCACGAGGCUGGGGAGAGGCCCCCAUAAGCCCUUAGCCAUCCUCAGGCAUAUGGGGCCUCUCCAUGCCGUGAGGCCACAGCUCCGGUGCUUCCGGCAUUCCUGUGCAGAGAAAUGCAGCAGCUGUGCCCGGCACCCCCUCCGGACUGGUCCUGUCUCCUCACUGGGAGGCACCCGGCAGUCUCCCAUCAACAUUCAAUGGAGGGACAGUGUGUAUGACCCACAGUUGACACCGCUUAGGGUCUCCUAUGAUGCAACAUCCUGCAGGUACCUCUGGAACACCGGUUACUUCUUCCAGGUGGAGUUUGACGAUUCCUCUGAGGAGUCAGGGAUCAGCGGUGGGCCCCUGGGAAACCACUACAGGCUGAAGCAGUUUCACUUCCACUGGGGAGCAGCGAACGCGUGGGGCUCGGAGCACGUGGUGGAUGGCCACGCCUACCCAGCUGAGCUCCAUUUGGUUCACUGGAAUCCCGUAAAAUAUGAAAAUUACAAGGAAGCCGCCGUGGGGGAGGAUGGGCUGGCGGUGAUCGGCGUGUUUCUGAAGCUCGGGGCCCGGCAUGAGACUCUGCAGAGGCUGGUGGACCUCUUGCCAGACGUGAAACACAAGGAUACACAGGUGGCCGUGGGCCCCUUUGACCCAUCAGAACUGCUGCCUGCCUGCCAGGAUUACUGGACCUACCCUGGCUCCCUCACCACCCCGCCCCUAGCUGAGUCAGUCACAUGGAUUAUCCAGAAGAUGCCCAUUGAGGUGGCACCAAGCCAGCUGGCAGCAUUCCGCACGCUCCUGUUUUCCGGACGUGGCGAGGAAGAAGAGGCCAUGGUGGACAACUACCGCCCACUCCAGCCCCUCCUGGACCGGGAAGUCCGUGCAUCAUUCCAGGCCACUAGGGUGGGAACGAGGUCCUAA